UUGGCCUUAGAUGCGCCUCCAAAGGCAACUCCUAACCCUCCGCCAAAGACAGGCGCUGCUAUGGGGGAACCAAGGACAAGCGCACUCCGAGAUGCGCCCAACAGGGCUGCGUCAGUGAGUGCGUCUUCCGAAGGGAACUCGGCAGCACUGAUGAAAGCGGAGGCGGAAGAGAGGCCAAACAAAGCUGCAUCCGACAACGGUUCUGACACCCCGGCAUUGGAUCUGUCGUCACUAAAAGACGCAAUCCAAUCGCCCACGAAACCGGGUCAAUGGAAGACCGUCACCAAACCCAAGUCGGCCUCAAAAAAGCGGCGCAUGAAGGCCAGAGCCAAAGCAGCAGCACAACGCGCAGUAGCAGUGGAUGCCGUAAGGCAUCAGCUCGGUACCUGCCCAAAGGCGACCAAACCGAAAGGGGAGGCGUCAACAAGUGGGACCAAAGCACCUGCAACUGCCUCGACAAGUGCUGCACUGACGGUUGGCCUUCAUAAACGCAGCAUGAAGCCCAGAGGCCGGAAAAAGACCAGGACAUACGACGAUAAGACCGCACCAAGACCGCAGAAACGCACUCGUCCGGAGGACACGGUCACACCCAAAGGGGAGGGCAAAAAACCCAGAACCGCAGGAGUGAUGGGUAGGGGACCGACGUCAUACGCUGAAGCAGCUGCCAGCUUCCUGGCAAACGAACUGUGCGUUGCAGUCAUGGUAGAACCAUUUACCGACCUCAUACAAGACCAAGCGGAGGAUCUCAGAAGGCAGAUCGAAGGGAAGCUUAGGCUCCAAGUCAAAGCCGACCUCAAGAUCCCUGCAGCAACAAGAAAAGACCUCAAAUUCCGUGGCAAGGCUCACUUCGCAGAUGGUGUCCUCAAAACAUGGUGUGAGGAUGCCUACACCUUAGCCUGGCUUGAGAAAAGCAUCACAGACAUCGUCUCACCAGUAGAAGGUUCGAGGCUAGUCGUUAGACCACAGUCAGCCAUACCGAAGAAGGUGCCGUGCCUGCUCUUUGUACCUGGAGAAAUCGAGGACUUGGCAGAGCUACGUGAACUUCUCGCGGGGCAAAACAGCAACAUGAGCAUCAACUCCUGGACCCUGACACACGAAAGAAUCAGAGAAGAUCCACCAGGAACCUGCCUAUUCUUUCGUAUUCCUGAAAAGGAUGUAGAAGUGCUGAAGGCCCAGGACAGAAGAGUCUACUACCUGAUGGGGAACAUCUAUGUUCGCUUCCUGGACACAGAUGUCUCCCAUCAAACACCUGCAGCCGCCUCGAAACAGACGGAGGCCACAAGCCUUGGCGAGCAGGAGACGGAACCCGAGCCGACAACGUCGGCAAUGGAUGUCGAGACUGCGGCGGAGGACGUAGAGGCUCCGACGGCAAUGGAGGUGCAGAUACCAUCUUCACCGAGAAUUAUCUCGGAUGAAGAGUGCUUUCCGGCAGGGGGAGGAGAGAGCGAGGCCAGCGACAGCCUCCUCUACUCCUCCCCCCUACGGGAAGACUAA